AUGGUGCGGGUGGUUUGCUUCUGCUUGACGGUCCUUCUGACGGUGCUGGCUUUUCUUGCCGCGAAGCUGGGGCUGCUGUACCUCUUCGGCUUCCACACCUGGACAGCACCGCCCAUUGCAGAUGUGGAUGUGCCGACACCGACCUCAGAAGAGCCGGAGCAAAGUGCCCCACACCUCGAGGCAUUGCAGGAAUUGCGACGCGGGAAUGCGAAAGCGGCUCUUGCCAAAGCCAGAGGCUGUGCUGCCGAAUACGGUGGCUGUAGAAGCCUCCUCGGGGAGCUCUACCUCACGGGGACUGAGGUUUCACAGGACCUCGCCCAGGCUCUGCACUGGUUUCAGGCGGGAGCAGAUCUCGGCGACCCUGACUCGCAAUAUGCGCUGGGGGUCUUGUACGCCAACCUCCUCGACGAGGAAUCUUCGCUAGAGUUGCAGAAGAACGAGGGUCUGAGCAUCCUCUACCUCUACGCUGCUUCGCUGUCAGGGCACCUUGGGGCCAUGAUGGCAAUGGGCUACAGGCAUUUGCAAGGCCUUGGGGCCCCAAGAGCCUGUGGCACUGCGGCACUCAACUACAUCGAGGUGGCCCGGCGAGUGGCGCAGGUCUACUCCUCCGGAAUGCCGAAGGCAGUCGAGCUCGUAAGGCUCGGCGUUGACAAUCGAGACCGUCAGAUGAGCAUCUCAGAGAUGGCGGUCUUCGUUGAGAUCGCUGCCAGCGGAGAUGCCAAUGUUGCAGCUGCCGUGGGCAAGCGAUAUUUAUUGGGUCUUGAGGGCUUUCACCAAAACUACGCGCGUGCAGCGGGUCACCUCACGACAGCUGCGCAGAAGCAACAUCCCAAUGCCAUGGCUCUCUUGGGGUAUAUGUACAGUCUCGGGCUUGGUGUGACCAAGGACUUCGAUCGGGCCUACAGAUACUUUCAAGAUGCAGCGUCUCGUGACGAUGCUCUAGGCCAUAAUGGCUUGGGGUUCAUCUACUUCCACGGCACAAAAACCCAAGCGCAGGACUUUGACCUGGCAUUCCGCCACUUCAACUUUUCUGCGCAUGCCGGGAGCGCUGACGGCAUGUUCAACCUGGGCUCUCUGUACCUGACGGGCACGGGCACGGAGCAGUCCUUCCAGCGAGCUGCGCACUGGUAUACUCAGGCACUGGAUCGUGGCCAUACUCCUGCAGCCUACACGCUAGCAGUGAUGCACCUCAAUGGCAUCGGCGCUGUCCGCAACUGCAAAAUGGCGGUGGAGCUUCUCAAGCGAGUAUGCGAAAGGGGCAGCUGGGUGUCUGGAAAGCUCCGAGAGGCGUACGACCUGCAAGAGCAGCACAGUUCUGAGGCAGCUGCAUGGCGCUUUCUACAGCUUGCCGAAGCUGGCCACGAGGUGGCGCAGAUGAAUGCAGCUCACCUCUUUGACUCAGGUGCAGCAUCAUUUUUGCUGAAUACCAGCGAAAGCGAUGCUGCGGAGCCUGAGGAGCGUCGCUGGGGCCGCUUCUUUGCCCAGCGCCAUUACGAGCUCUCAGCCGAGCAGGGCAACGCCUUUUCGGAGCUGCGGCUCGGUGAUUUCGCUUACUACGGUUGGGGCUUUCGCCUCCACAGCAGCGCUGCUGUGGCCGAGUUUGAGGAGGACUGCCGCGUGGUGUCUGAGCCGCAAAGCAAGGCACAAAGAAGCUCUAGUUGUGGGUUGCAACAGUUCAGAAUGUCAUCAGAGACAUUCUGA